AUGGAAUCGUCCACACUUCUAGCUUUACUCUCCUCCAUCUCCCAACUCAUCCUCCUCCUCCUCCUUUCUCCCAAUUCCACCAAUUCCUCCAGUUCCUGCGCAAAUGUUUUCCCAAUCGCCCACAGCUUCCUCUCUUCCCACGAAAUGGCCGCCACCCUUUCCCUCCUCACCCUUUCCAGGAAACGAAAGCGAACCCAUUUCUCAGAACGAGAUUCUGAGCCCACUGACCAUGACAAGGACCAAGAACUCGGUGGCGGCGACUCGGUCCAACUGGGUUUGACUCGGAGUCCCGACUCGUUCAGAAACUGCUUCAGAAUGACCUACUCUACCUUCGAAUGGCUCUGUGGUUUACUCGAGCCGCUGCUCGAGUGUCGUGACCCAGUUGGGUUGCCGCUCAAUCUCUCUGCCGAGCUUCGUCUCGGUAUCGGCCUGUUUCGGCUGUCCACCGGUUCCAGCUACCCCGAAAUCUCGAAGCAAUUCGGGGUUUCGGAGCCCGUGGCAAGGUUCUGUGCCAAGCAAUUGUGCCGAGUUCUUUGCACCAAUUACCGUUUCUGGAUUGAAUUUCCCAACCCAAAUGAGCUUGCCUCUGUAUCGGCGGCUUUCGGAAGCCAAACUGGGUUGCCUAAUUGCUGUGGUGUGAUUGAUUGUACAAGGUUUAAGACUGUUAUAAAUGGCGGCUUUCACGAGGAGAGCAUUGCUGCCCAAAUCAUGGUCGAUUCUUCGUCGCGAAUUCUCAGCAUUGUUGCCGGGUUUCGUGGCAACAAGGGUGAUUCAAGAGUAUUAAAGUCGUCAACUUUGUAUAAGGAUAUUGAAGCAGGGAGGUUAUUGAAUUCUCCUCCAGUUAAUGUAGAUGGGGUGGCUGUACAUCAGUACUUAAUUGGAGAUGAAGGGUACCCUUUGCUUCCUUGGCUUAUGGUCCCUUUUGUUGAUGCUGCGAAGGGCUCAAGUGAAGAGCAUUUCAAUGCAGCACACAAUCUGAUGCGCCUUUCGGCGCUUAGGACCAUUGUUAGUUUGAAGAGUUGGGGUAUUUUGAGCCGGCCAAUACAAGAGGAGUUCAAGAUGGCAGUUGCUUAUAUUGGUGCUUGUUCUAUACUGCAUAAUGGUUUGCUAAGGAGGGAGGACUUUUCUGCUAUGUGUGAUGUGGAUGAUUACUCUUUGUAUGAUCAGAGCUCUCAGUAUUAUAGGGAUACUAGUUUGGAGGAGAAUUCAAUUGAGAGGAGGGCUUCUGUAAUACGAACUGCAUUGGCUGCAAAAGCAAAAGAGUUUCAAAACACACAAGUUUGA